AUGAGUCUCUGCACACCCUGCCAAAAAGCCUUACCCGACUUCCCCUCGUCAGGUGGCACUGGAGAUACUAAUGAAGGUUCCCCGUCCAAGUCCAUUGUCUUCAUUAACCCGCGGCUCCCGAAAGGUCACCUUCUUCUGCACUCAUCAUGGAAGACUUUUAAGGCGUCUCUGGAGGCCGAUUGUCCCGUGUGCUGGACAAUCUGGCGGAACAUCCGAUCCUCACCCAUCGUCUCACAAGCUGAUGGAAAUAUUGAAGACUUCCGAGCGGAUAUCACAAGGGCGACCUAUAAACCUAUAGAUUCCUCAUAUCUUAUCAUUAUCACGAUAGAGGGCCAAGGAUUAAGGGUGCCAUCAUUGCUCCUCAAUAUCUGGAAGACAAACAAAGAGUUCUAUAAAGAGGUCGAAGAUGUAAACCCAAUACCCAUUGAGCACACCCCUCAAUCAGCUGCUCAAGCUGCGAACCGUUGGAUCAGCAUCUGUGACUCGGAGCACUCAUCAUGUCUCGACCGUGCCACAUCGCCCUCGGAAGCAAAAAUGCCAACUCGACUAUUAGACCUUGGCGGCAGCGACUCAACAACGUGGUGUCUCUUUGAGACUCAGCAGAAAAAGGUUCCAUACGUUGCGCUUUCUCAUCGCUGGACUACGGAUACACCAACACUUCUGACGAAGGACUAUGCAGAGUACUUCAAUCCCCAAUCAGAUGCCCUAUUGCCCCAAAGCUAUAGGGAUAUCGUUGAGAUCUGUCGCAAUCUACCUGUACGCUAUCUCUGGAUCGAUUCUCUUUGUAUCAUCCAAGAUGACAACGGCGCUGAUUUCAGCCACGAAGCACCUUUGAUGAUGGAUGUAUAUCGGUAUGCGUUUCUCACUAUCAUGAUAUGCUGGGAAUUCGGAGAAACCACUGCUUUUCGCAAGCGCCGACCCCGGGGGAUAGCUCGACCUCCACCGCAAUCAUAUCACGAUAACACCUGCAAAAGUACCGACAAUAGAGUGGAGGAUUUUGCUUUUGUUGUACAGAACAAGACCAAUGACUAUCGCAUUGAUGUGGACAAGUCCCCCAUUAACAAGCGAGCCUGGGUCUUACAAGAGAGGCAUCUUUCACGGCGCAUCCUCUGCAUUGGUAGUGAUCAGCUAUAUUGGGAGUGCCAGGGCGAUUCCAUCGGAAGCUGCAUGUCGAGAGAAGCCUGUCCAGAAAGUUUCUCAAGCUUUGGCAAUCGCCUGCCACUUAGGCCACUGACAGAGAAUGAGGAAGGCCUCCCCUGGAGUCUAAUAGCUGAGCAGUACAGCCAACAAGACUUGACAUACGAACAGGACAGGGUCGUUGCCAUAUCAGGGCUUGCAAAAGUCAUCUCAACCCUGAGUGGUGAUACUUAUUUCAUCGGUAUAUGGCUGGAGAGCUGGAUGACUGGUCUUUUAUGGGAGCCUGAUCAAGCAAAAGAUCGACCGCACAGACCAAAGCCGUCCCAGACAGAUUCACCUCCUAUGGUGUUACCUUCAUGGUCUUGGCUGAGCUUCUCGGGAUCAGUGUAUCUCAGUACAGAAGGACCAAGAAUCUCAAGGACGGAUCCGAACUCCUUCAAAUCCACUAUCUUCAGACCGCUUGCUCUUUUGAGUAGAAAAACACUUCUACCAGUCGACACCGACCCUUCUAUUUCCAUCGAGCGUGCCAUACUGCACAUAAGGUGUCUACUUAUACCAGUGGAGUUUGGUGGCUUCGUAGAUGAAGAGGAUCUACCCUCCUAUUUCAAGCUCAGUCACGAAAUUGAGUUACAAUCAACCGGUAUCGAGUCUUUACACCUUGUUUCAUGUCAGAACGACAGAAGGGAGUACGGAGCAAUAAAGAUUAAGUUCAGCAAGCCGAUAAAGACAUCAUCGCAUUACUUCCUCGCCCCACUGUACCUGCGCAAGGAGAAUGCAGCUGAACCCCAAAAACUUAGUCCCGACGACACUGAAGGCCUUGGAAUUGUUCUUGAGAAAAGUUUCCACGAUGGACAACGUGAGUUCAUUAGGGUUGGGAUGUGGCAGGAGGACUACGGUUGUUCGUCUCAGCUUGGACCCAUGAUCAGCAACACUAUUGUCAAUCAAGGUUUUGGAGAGGGAGAAUGUGAAAGUAUUGAAGAUACUACGGAAAUGGAGCAGGUUUUUGAUUCGAACUUGAAAGACUACGCACUGCAUCAUGCCUCUUCAGUGGUAAACUUUGCCUGGAAAGAAAAGGAGGAGUCUGUCCAAUGUUCAUUACUGCCUCAUUUUACUAAAGCUGACUGGACUACUAUUUCAAUAGUAUAAUCGCUAUACCUCUGUAACCGAGGGAUGCUAUUAUAACUUCUCUUGGGUGAAGCAAAAUGUCAGCCAUGGCGUAAUUUGACUCUGAGAGGAGUUAAUAAUCGUCAGAUCCGUCAUCACAGUCAUCCACGAUAGUUGAGGA